CUGUGAUCUCUCGUAUGUGGAAAGAACGCUAGCAGAAAGGUGAAAAAAUGGGUGUUAAAACAUUCACUCAUAAUUCCCCUGCUCACAGUCAGGAGAUGCUGGGAAAGCUGAAUAUGCUCCGCAACGAUGGACAUUUUUGUGAUAUCACCAUCCGCGUCCAGGACAAAAUCUUCAGGGCGCACAAGGUGGUUUUGGCAGCCUGCAGCGACUUCUUCCGUUCCAAGCUCGUUGGCCAAGCAGAAGACGAGAGCAAGAGCGUGUUAGACCUGCACCAUGUGACAGUGACUGGUUUUAUACCUCUUCUGGAAUAUGCUUACACAGCAACACUAUCUAUUAAUACAGAAAACAUUAUUGAUGUGUUGGCUGCAGCCAGCUACAUGCAGAUGUUCAGCGUUGCUAGCACGUGCUCAGAAUUCAUGAAGUCCAGCAUUUUAUGGAAUACGCCCAACAGCCAGCAAGAGAAGGUGCUGGAUGCAGGACAGGAGAACAGCGCAAACUGCAAUUUUACUUCUCGAGACGGCAGCCUUUCUCCAGUUUCUUCUGAGUGCAGUGUCGUGGAAAGAACCAUUCCUGUUUGCCGAGAGUCGCGAAGAAAGCGCAAAAGCUACAUAGUUAUGUCUCCCGAGAGCCCCCUUAAGUGUAACACACAAACAAGUUCCCCCCAAGUGCUGAAUCCUUCAACUUCUUACCCGGAGUCCAGAAAUCAGCCCGUGGACUCGUCUUUAGCUUUCCCCUGGACUUUUCCUUUUGGAAUUGAUCGAAGACUUCAGUCUGAGAAGGUGAAGCAGGCGGAGAACUCUAGGACUUUGGAAAUGCCUGGGCCCUCCGAGUCCAACAGAAGAAUUGCAGAUUACGUGACUUGUGAGAGCACAAAAGCCAGUUCUCCCCUUGUGAUUGAAGAAGACGUGCGCGUCAAAGUGGAGAGGUUAAGCGAUGAGGAGGUUCACGAGGAAGUAUCGCAGCCUGUUAGCGCAUCCCAGAGCUCUCUGAGCGAUCAACAGACAGUCCCAGGAAGCGAGCAAGUGCAGGAAGAUCUCCUGAUCAGCCCACAGUCUUCCUCUAUAGGCUCAAUAGAUGAGGGGGUUACGGAGGGAUUACCCACACUCCAAAGUACCUCUGGCACUAACGCUCAUGCAGAUGAUGAUGAUCGUUUGGAGAACGUUCAGUAUCCCUACCAACUCUACAUUGCUCCUUCUACCAGCAGCACAGAGAGACCCAGCCCAAAUGGUCCAGACAGACCUUUUCAGUGUCCAACCUGCGGGGUCCGGUUCACUCGCAUUCAGAACUUAAAACAACACAUGCUUAUCCACUCAGGCAUUAAACCAUUUCAGUGUGACCGCUGUGGGAAAAAGUUCACCCGAGCUUACUCGCUAAAGAUGCAUCGCCUGAAGCACGAAGGUAAACGCUGUUUCCGGUGCCAGAUAUGUAGUGCCACUUUCACUUCCUUCGGGGAAUAUAAACACCACAUGCGGGUUUCCCGGCAUAUUAUCCGCAAGCCUCGGAUUUACGAGUGCAAAACAUGCGGCGCCAUGUUCACCAACUCUGGAAAUUUAAUCGUUCACCUGAGGAGCUUGAACCAUGAAGCGUCAGAGCUAGCAAACUACUUCCAGAGCAGUGACUUCCUAGUACCGGACUACUUAAACCAGGAACAAGAAGAGACCCUCGGGCAGUAUGAGCUAGGGGAGCAUGGCUUUGAAAGCAACUCUUCUGUCCAAAUGCCUGUCAUUUCACAGGUGUCAUCAACUCAGAAUUGUGAAAGCACUUUCCCCUUGGGGUCUCUGGGUGGGUUGGCAGAGAAGGAAGAAGAUGUGCCAGAGCAGCCAAAGACUAACGCCACUGCUGAGGCAGCCGCAGGUGACCCUCCGAAACCGGAGCUGUCAUCUAUUACUAUUGAAUAAUUCAUGGUUUGGUUUCAUUUUUGUUCUUUGGAAAGUGCCUGUGUUUGGUCCUGUACAUUUUAAUUUAAUUUUUUUAAACAAAAGUGGGGAGAUUAUCCCUUUUUACUUUGUAAGCUACGCUUUAAACAGAAAACUGCAACAGAUGUUACAUUAUUUUUCAUGACUGAAUGAUCACUUCUGUGAAAAUAUUUAAGACUGAAUGCACAAAAAGAUCUUGUCAGAACAUCAUGGAAGCUGUGAUACACUUCUAAAGAAGAACAACUGAUUCAGAUCACUUUAACUAUUUCUUCUUCCACAGUUAGAGCAGCUCAUUAAGUUUCUCUUGCUUCUGCAGACCCUCUGGUUAAGGGAAAGAAAUCAGAGGAAACCUUUUUAAAAUGACAAACAAAAGGAUGCAUUGGAAAUCGUUAUUGAACAGUUUUGACUAGUUUUGAGUGGAUGCUUUAAUCUUCUGCAUAAAAAAAUGACACUUCCUAUCUCUGUGCCUGCUGUUUUUCAAAGCGCUUACUGUAACCCUUUUCUUGGAAAUGGUAAGCAUUUUUGAAACUAACAGUCACACAUUUUUUAAAAACACAUUGUCCCUUUUCAUCUGAGAUGAAUCAGUUUUGACAAACCAAGUGAUGUCAUGCCAGGUAUUCCUACGUCUUAUACUCCAGUCCUUUUAGAAACUGCUUGAUCAAAUAGCUUGUCCAGAUUUGCCCAUCUAAGGCUAGGCAUGGAAACACUACGGUCAGGAAAAGUCUAAUGGUGCAUAAUGAAUUGAGGAUGAUAGAAAAGUAUAUAUCCGUGCAAGCCUGACAAAUCUCUCAUGACUGUAUCUUUCUGUAGAAGGGGAACCACGUGUGAAAACGAAGGUUUUUCCAAACUGAAAUUCUGAAAUUGUGGCCAGAUUGUUUGCGGUUCUGGUCACUUCCCCCUGCCAUAUAUACUGUAAUUUUACUAAUCUCCAAAAGCUAGCUAGAGGGAGUUUACAGAUGGGGAAAAAUGAGCUCUUUUGUGCAUUAUUGCACAUUUUUUUGUUUAUACUUCUGCAUGUAUAGUUUCUGAGAUUUUUAUUAGUCUGUUUUGGACAAAACAAGCAAUUUAUUCUCUUUAGAGGCCAACUUUCUAACCCAACAGGGGGUUGUUUACAAAAAGCCUAUAUAGCAAUGAUGAAUUGUUCCUGUUUCAAAACAUUUUAAAUCCUUGCCAACUCGGUUUAUUAACGGCCAUUACUCCAGCUACAUACACAGCUCAAGUAAGCAAUAAAUUGAAAGAUUUGCAAUUUCAUUUUUCCAUAUUUAGAAAAAGCUGCAAAUUUAGGGUGUCGGAUUUUCAGAGCAGUGAGUCUUGUUUUGUCGAGGCUGUUUGGGCUAUAGGACUGCUUUGAAACCUAAAUUAGGAAAUACAUUAGGAGGUUUGUGAUUUUUUUUUUUUUUUUUAAUUGCUUCUGAAAGUUAACUCGGUGUUUGAUGCCAAAUGCCUAUCGCCUACAGAUGACAUGCUGAGCGAGUAGGUAUUACCUGAUCUUAGUAUUCCAAAGGCAUGAUAUACUCCCUUAGUUUUGAAUCUUGUUUUUUGAAAUUGUUGUUUUCUGCCCGGGUUUGUUUUACGCAAACAUGAGGAGGAAAUGAAACCGACAGAGAAAGGUUGCUCCUGAAGAAACAGAAGACACAAAAGUCGUAUUAUAUUGCAGGAUCAAUUUGUAUUCAGUUAGCUUAGGCAGCUCUGAUACUCUGUAGGUCGGAGUUGUUUCUACUAAUAGCCAGUUUUUGUAAGGAAAAGAGUUAAUUGCCCUUUGGAAAGAGCUUAAAGGGUUUCAGUGAGUUUAACAAUUUUUCUCUGCUGUGUUUUAGGUAAAAAACACACAUUUUAGUUAAAUAGAGUGAAAACAGUUGGGAUUUAAGUCCUUUCCGAGUUACUGGAAUGAAGUUUCUCCACCAGAUCUAAAGGGCGUUUUAGAAACAUGCUGCAAAGAAGUUCUCUGCUACAAUUCAGUCUUGUAUGUCUACCUUUGUAAGUCGUCUUAAAAGGGCUUGAGGGAGAAAUUCUUUUUUCGGGAUGCUGUACUGUGAAUUAGUCCAGUGCCUGUUGAUGGGCUGAAUUUAAAGACCAGUUCUCUUCCACUUCCGAUUUCUAUAACUGAGAAGCCAGUGAGACAAGACGAUGCCUUUUGCUGAGUUUUAUCCCGAAUUAUAGGGCUGUGACACUGAACUCAAAUACAGAAUUUGCUUUUUUUCUGAUAAGCGUUACUCUACUUUGCGGGUAUAUGAGAAUCCUUUGUGAUUCAUGUAGUAAAAAGUACUUCACACAGAAACACAUUUCCAGACUGUACGGAUGUAAUAAUCAAAGGUGGUCAGAUAUAGAUGGACAUAAUCUUCUGUUCGAAUCUGACCAUUUUCACCCGUUAGAUAUUUUGCUGAACAGUUUAUCGGUGAGGAGAUGAGCAAAUACAGAACAGACAUACCUGGAUAUUGGAUUUUUAAGACUUAAGAUUUUGUGUCAGAAGGCAAACUGCUUUCUGAAUACCAAAGAGAAGGGGGAGAAAAGUUAAAAAGACUUUGUAGCUCUAAUCUGUUCUUCCUUGAAAAGAAAUGAGUAUCACUAACUGUUAACACCUUGGUACAAGGCAAGUCAUGGGUUUCCUUGUUCAUUGCACUGUGCUACACGUUAUCUUUGCAACCCUGUAAUCUCUGUGUAGCAUCUUAAUUUAGUUCUUGCUUUUCAAUCUGAUUCAACUGCAGGAACAAUAGCGUUCUUAGAGGAUUUUGUUUGUUUGUUUGUUUUAGGGUUGGGUUUACUUGUUAAUUUUCCUGUUUGUAAUCGUUUCUUGUUAAUAUCUCUCUUCUCCGUCUUAUUUUUCCUCCCUAACAUGUUGGAAGUGCUCAGUUCUUUGAAAUGCUUUUGUUCUUCACAGGAGAGAUGUAAAAACAUAGGACAUCUUAAAACAAUCUCUGUUGCUCAUAUGCUUAGAUUCCAAAUUGAGCAAGAUAGAUAUCUAACUUAGCUAGAAGAAACUUGCCUUAAACUACACUUGGGCAUAAACCUAAAGCAUAAAUUUCUUUCAAUACAUUAUCAGAGGGUUUUGAACUCUGGACUGCAUUUUCUUUUUUUCUCUUUUUUUCUCCCCC